AUGAGUAUUUUGUUUUGGAAACACAAUAUUAUAACAGAGCUUCGAGAAUUGACAUACAUGAGCCUUCAACUUGGGUUGGUAAAGCUUUUACUGGUCAAGGGUGAAACAGAACAAGCAUCUUCAACGUUUAAGAUUGUGCUGGAAGGAAAUCCUAAGAAUGUGCCUAUGCGCUUCUUGGUCAGGCAUGUGUUCAGUUCAGCCUUAACCGUUACACAGAGUCUUUGGACUUAUAUAAUAUGUUUGUUCUACGCAUUGUGUGGAUGUUGCCAUCAACAUGUCUCUGUCACUACAAACUUGGACAGUUUGAAAAAGCCUGCAAACUUUGAAGCUUCUUAA